AUGGCGGGCGUUACGGCUGUAGAAUCAGUGAAACCGUCACAAGAUGAGGGGGCGAUGGAGGCCAAGGGGAAGAAGGGGUCAAAGCAGGAAAAGGGGUUGAAGCGGAAGAAGAAGGAUCCAAAGCGUAAGGGAACUGCUGCGGUCAGCGCUGAGGCUGCUUUUGAGGCGCCGCAAAAGCGUAAGGGAAGUGCGGUGGUCGAUGAUGCGGACGAAUUGGCGGAAUACGCUGCGGCUGCUGCAGCAGAGGAGCAGUCGAAGCGGAAAAAGGUGUCAAAGCGGGAGAAGAAAACAAAACGGGAGGAGGAGUCAAAGCGUAAGGCAGCUGCAGUGGUCGGUAAGGCGGAUGAGUCGGCGGAGUACGGUGAGGGUGCUGCAGCAGAGGAGCAGCCAAAGCGGAAGAAAGGGCCAAAGCGGAAGAAAGGGUCAAAGCGGAAGAAAGGGUCAAAGCGGAAGAAAGGGUCAAAGCUGGAAAAGAAUGCAAAACGGGAACUGGAAUUGGAACGGAAGAAGGAGUUGAGUAGCAAUGGGACGAAUGAGGCAACGACGGGUGGUAAGGAUGCAGCAGCUGGUGCCAGGGAUGCAGCACUGGGUGGUGGAGAUGUAGCAGCGGAGGCAGAGUGUCGAUCUGAGGGGUCUAAGCGGGCUAAUAAGGGGUCAAAGCGGAAGAGAUCUGUGAGUGGCGACGUGGACGCUAGCAGCGUUGGGGAUGAGGCAAUGACAGGCGUUGAGGCUGCAUCAGAGGCGGAGCAGACACUGGGGAAGGAGAAAAGGAAGAAGACGAAGCGGAAAGGGGCUGUGUUUGAUGGGUCUGCUUGUGAGGCAGCUGCAGGUGUUACGGUUGCAGCAGAAGCGGAGCAAUCACCUGAGAAAACGAACAAGAAAAAGAAGAAGCAGAAACUGGCUGCGUGUGAUGGGGCGAAUGAGGCAGCCAACGAGGCAGCUGCGGGUGAUAAUACUGCAGCAGAAGCGGAGGAAUCACGUGUGGAGAGGAAGAAAAAGAAGUCAAAGCUGAAAGGAGCUGUGGGUCACGGGGUUGUUAGUGAGGCAGUGACAGGCGCUGGCGUUACAGCAGAAGCGUUGCAAGCACAUGAGAAGAAGGAAAAGAAGAAGUCAAAACGGAAACGGACUGAUGAUGGGGCUGCCAGUGAGGCUGCUGCAGGUGAUGAUGCAGCAGCAGAAGCAGAGCAGUCACGUGUGGAGAAGAAGAAGAAAAAGAAGAAGUCGAAGCGGGAGAGAGCUGUGAGUGAUGGGGUGAAGGAGGAAGAGAGAGGUGCUGAGUUUGCAGAGGAAAUUUAUAAGGAGCAUGAUGCAACGUUAGAAGGUGAUACUGAGGUGGCAGCAGCAGCGGAAGAGUCUCAGCUGAAGGGGAAAAGGGGGGAAUCAAAGCAAGAAAAGGGGUCAAAGCGGGAGAAGGAAAAGCAGAAGAGAGGGGAUAGCAGUAACGAGGAGACCAGCGGCAUCGGGAAUGGUGCAGCGGCAACGGAAGGGGUUGCGGUUGCAGCAGCAGGCGAGCAGCCGCGAGUGAGCGGGUCGAAGCGGGAGAAGAAGGCAGAACAGAAGAGAGCGCUGGGUGGUGGCAGCGGGGAGAACGGUAGCAGGAGUGAUGGAGUGACAGGGGAAGGGGUGGGGGCUGCAGUAGCAGAGGAAGAGCAACCGUGGGUGAAGGGAUUGAAACGGAGACGGGUUUCAGCCCGCAUCGAAAGAAAAGGCUCUUUGAAGACAUCAAGUGACGCGUUUCAAGGACUAUACAAAGGAGCUGAUAUUCUGUUGUUACGAUAUUUAUUCCCCAAACCCGAAGACAUCAGUCUGGAGGCACUAAUCCCGGUAAAAGAACGAGAUUCUAUACCUCGCCCGUCCUCGAUAGCCGAGCUUGAAUCAUCAACAGAUGCAAAAACUUCGGCAUCCAGGCGUACCCCCGUCCCCAUGUUCAACUCCAUAAUUUCCGCUCUUCUUUAUUGUUUCGUCGGACUCGCCAUGGGUUUUAUAAACAAGGCUGUUUUGAUGCAAUGGCCGUACUCAAACUCUCUUCUCAUGCUCCAAAUGGCCGCGUCUGUGGUGAUCGUGUAUACUCUGGGCUGCUUGGGCCUAAUCGAAGUCCGACCAUUUGAUUGGGGUUCGGCGAGAUCGCUUUCCGGGGUCGUGUUCUUUUACAACGCCAACGUCGCUUUCGCGUUGGCAGCUGUAGAAGCUCUGAGCAUCCCGGUGUACCACGUGCUAAAGCGACUAACCCCUGUCAUGGUCCUCUGCGCGAAAUAUUUGAUCGGCGAUGGCUCCCCACCUCUUGAGGUCUGCAUGUCAGUGCUCGCGGUUGUUUCAGGUUGCUUUCUUGCUGGAGCGGGUGACCUAAGUUUUGAUGCUCGAGGAUACCUUUGGGCCAUUGUGAGCUGCAUGCUUCAAACAGCAUAUCUAAUCCUCGUUGAGCGAUCAGGCUCACAAAAAGGUUUCACGACCAAUGACCUUUUGGUCUACAAUGGCGUCAUGUCAUUUCCUGUGCUCGCUAUCUUGACCCUUACCACGGGCGAAGCACAGAAAUCAAUCCCGAGACUGUUUGAGCUCUCAUCUGGCUCAGAUAGCCUAGGGUUUGCGAUUCUCUUUGUGGUGUCUUUGGGGGUUGGGGUCCUGCUCAAUUACUCUCUCUUCUUCUGUACGAUUUCCAAUUCUGCACUCACCACCACAAUCGUCGGAACAUUGAGAAGCGUCCUGGGCACGACUAUUGGAUUCUUUGUGCUUGGGGGUGUAAAAGCCACUCCACUUAUUGUAGCCGGUUCUUCAGUCAACACAGUGGGUGGAGUGUGGUACACCUAUGCCAAGUACAAGGCGAAGAAUGCCCAACAGGCAGAGAGGGCUGAGCAGGUGAAGGCCCACUCAAGCCCAAGAAUGUCAGAAGACAAAGUAUGA